AUGGCGCGUAUGAACCGACCUGCCCCUGUGGAGAUCACCUACAAAAACAUGAGGUUCCUCAUUACCCACAAUCCAACCAAUGCCACCUUGAAUAAAUUCAUUGAGGAACUGAAGAAGUAUGGCGUGACCACCGUUGUGAGAGUAUGUGAGGCCACCUAUGAUUCCACCUUGGUGGGGAAAGAGGAAAUACAGGUUCUGGAUUGGGCUUUUGAUGAUGGAGCUCCUCCCUCUAACCAGAUUGUUGAUGAUUGGUUGAACCUCCUGAAGACUAAGUUUAGGGAGGAGCCUGGUUGCUGCAUUGCUGUCCACUGUGUAGCUGGCCUGGGGAGAGCCCCUGUCAUGGUUGCCCUGGCUUUGAUUGAAUGUGGGAUGAAGUACGAAGAUGCUGUCCAGUUCAUCCGGCAGAAGCGUCGCGGAGCGUUCAACAGCAAGCAGCUUUUCUACCUGGAGAAGUAUCGUCCAAAGAUGCGCCUGCGCUUCAAAGACUCCAACGGCCACCGCAACAACUGCUGCAUCCAGUAGUAAAGCCAACUAACUCAUAGUCCAUGCCAACAAUGCCCCUAUAAAAUACAUUAAUUUCUUUAUCUUAUCUACCUGGCAGGCUUGUUUUUUUCUUAGUAAAUCCUUUGUGUUGAAGUAUUUCCAUUGGAAAUUCAUUCUCGAAUAAUUCAAGUUUUCCCUUCUCAAUUAAAAAAUGUCAAGUGUCAAAAAAGAGGUUAGUUUGUGAACAAGUGACAGUGAGUGAGUGUUCUCUAUGUGUGUCCUUAGAAUUGGAAAGGAGCACAGCUAGUGAAGUAAUUUUGUGAACCCCCAGAUGUUGGUUUAUACAUGUUGAACACAUCCCAAGGUUUUAAUUGGCAAGGGUGCUUAUUACUUCAAAAAAAUAUUUUAAAACGUACUGUAACGAUGAUUUAACAUGAGUAGUUAGGUAUCCCUUUAAAUUUUAUGAUUCAGUUCAAUACUGGAUAGAAAGAUGUAUGCCUUCCUCCACAUGGUUAAAACUUGAAAUGCCUUACAAUUAAAAUGGAACAAAAAGGCAAUCGAGUGGGUUUGUCAUCCACUACAUUAGAAAAGGUGUUUCAUUUUUUUCCUUGGAACAAAAGAAUGUUGCCUUUGUCUUGUGCAGGACGUCUACACACUUGUCCUUUCAGUAACUAUUUUUAAUAUGAAAUGCUUAAUUGUUGCAAUAUUUGUUUAUUGAAAGUCUGGGACCUUUUAUUUUUUUAUUUUCUCUUAUCAAACCUUGUUGAUUAAUUACUGCCAUGUCCGAAAUGUGAUUUGUGUUUUUCGCUUUGAAACUGGACUUCAACGUCUGCGAUAUUUUGUAUGCCUUUUUAUUUUGAUGUGCGUAACUUAAUACUUGGAUACUUGAUGAUUUAUGUAUUUGAAAAUGUGUAUUAUUAGGUUGGCUAUUUAUACUAUCAAUGGAUGUGUGUUUUAGUACCGUGAGCGACAAAUUGUAACUGUUCACCAACUUGUGAGAGUACAUUAAAAUGAUACACUGAAAA